AGUGGUGCACUAACAGUGGAAGAAGGAGGAGGGUGAAGGCGGACAAGAGAGAAAAACAUCAGGAAGAAGAAGAAACUGUAAUGCAUGUGGCUCGUGACGGAAAAAGGGAACAGAUUCAGUAUCCAGGGAGUUCAGAUAGGUACCUGAUAGAUGACAGGGUUUUUUUUUUUCAUGGGGAGCUGGAAGUUGAAUGCAUUCUGAGUCGUUGCACAUGUUUGCGUGCUUUCGCCUGGAUGGCACAGAGGAAGACGGAACACCUGUUAUUCUGACAGAUCCCAACUCGCAUUGGUCGGGCUGUCUCUGCAGCGUUUUGCCUACCUGCACGGCGUUUGACCUUCCUUAGUCAGCAAGCAGAGUGUGACUGCGGAGAGAAAAAGAACGAGAAAGGAGGAGAGGUGGAGGGAGGGAGCGUCUUCUGAAAAACACAGAGAGAGGGAUAGAGUGGUAAAGUGGAGUAGCAGCCAUGGGAGUUGUUGCUUUGUGAUUCGUGUCCAGGACCUGCUCUUCUCGUCUUGGGCUACAGAGCUGGCUCAGUUGAUUGUGUUUUUUUUUUUACACAAGAAUCUGGGACCUUAGAUAAUCUACGCCUUCUGCCACCCAGACCAACUGAAAUGACGUUUGGUGCUUGACAAGGCUUGAAUGUUUUUUUUUCUUCCCUUUUUAAUUUUAAUUUUCAAUUUGUAAAAUGCAUUUUUAAUAUUUUUAGAUAUCAGUUUAAACUUUAGUGCUUGGACUCCUCUGCAAGAAUGGAUAUGUCAGACAACCCUCAAGGGUCUUCUGCCCGAGCGCUGAGGGUGGGAGACUCGAAAGUGGGGGAGCCUAGGAUAGGAGAGGGGAUGAGAAUGGGGGAGAGAGACACCCCAUUGAGGCUGUCACCUUUCCGUAUGCUUCGAAUGCUCGACUCGUGCCGUCCUCCAGGGAACCGGAUUGGUAUCGUUCAUGAAAAUGUGAAGAUGGGUUCAGACGGAGAAAGUGAUCAGGCAUCUGGGACAUCCUCUGAUGAGGUCCAAAGCCCAGUCAGGGUCCGCAUGAGGAACAACCACCAUCGUCGCAUCUCCAAUGAGGACAUAAACAAACGGUUGUCUCUGCCAGCUGACAUCAGGUUACCGGAGGGCUACCUGGAGAAGUUUGCCAUGAACAGCCCCCCCUUCGACAAACCCAUGAGCCGCAGGCUACGGCGCGCAUCUCUGUCUGAAAUCGGCUUUGGGAAACUUGAGACCUACAUCAAACUGGACAAACUAGGCGAGGGGACCUACGCUACAGUUUUUAAAGGUCGGAGCAAGUUAACAGAUAAUCUAGUUGCUUUGAAAGAGAUACGCCUUGAGCACGAGGAGGGUGCACCCUGCACAGCCAUCCGAGAAGUGUCUCUACUGAAAGACUUGAAACACGCCAAUAUUGUCACUCUCCAUGACAUCAUCCACACUGACAAGUGCCUGACUCUUGUAUUUGAAUACCUGGAAAAAGACCUAAAGCAAUAUAUGGAUGACUGUGGUAGCAUCAUGAGCGUUCACAAUGUCAAGAUCUUCUUAUUCCAGCUUUUAAGAGGCCUGGCAUACUGCCACAGAAGAAAGGUUCUCCACAGGGACCUCAAACCCCAGAACCUGCUCAUCAAUGAAAAAGGAGAGCUCAAACUAGCAGACUUUGGUUUGGCUCGAGCAAAGUCUGUCCCUACAAAGACUUACUCGAAUGAAGUCGUGACACUAUGGUACCGGCCUCCAGAUGUUCUGCUGGGCUCAACUGAGUACUCUACACCCAUUGAUAUGUGGGGUGUGGGCUGUAUCUUUUAUGAGAUGAUCACAGGCAGACCUCUCUUCCCUGGGUCAACAGUGGAGGAUGAGCUUCACCUCAUAUUUCGAAUUCUUGGCACCCCUACGCAGGAGACUUGGCCUGGAAUCACCACGAGUGAAGAAUUUAAGACCUUCAAUUUCCCCCGCUACCGGGCAGAGCCCCUUGUCAACCACGCGCCCAGAAUAGACAGUGAUGGCCACGACUUGCUCUCAUUGCUUUUACAGUUCGAGGCAAAGAAGCGUGUAUCAGCAGAAGACGCUCUCAGACACUCAUAUUUCAGGUGUCUGGGGGAGCAGGUCCAGACACUGGCUGACACUGCAUCGAUUUUCUCUGUAAAAGGCAUUCAACUUCAAAGAGAUCCAGGGAAGAGAUCCUCGAUCCACCCCGAGUCAAGUAACCCAGGGGAAGAGCAGGAGGCAGAGUAUGUUGUUUUAGUGCUGGCGGGGGCGAUAACAUGAGGACGACAGUGACACUAUGAGCUGUCUUGUCAGACAUACAUUCACUGACCCUGCCACACACAAGGAGUAACACACGCCUGCCACUUAAAAACAUACACUAAUACUCAAUAAAAAGAAAAAAGGCUAUCAUCUGCAUAUACAGAAAAAUGAUGACAAAGUUAUGGCUGAAGAAUCUUAGAAAAUAAAGACUCAAGCCCAUCCCCAAAAGAAAAUGAGAUAUAUUGCGUGAUGCUGGAAGAAAAGUGGGAGAAUGUGAUUCUCCUUGCUGCUACUACUGCUGCUGCCCAGAAGAGGGCAGCACUGGGGUGUGACCUGACUCAGUUGUAAAGCAGAACUUGCUGUAUCAGUGAGCUGUAAGGAAGAAGUUGAUCAAAACACAAAUCCAAGGCAAAGAGAGAACAAGGUGGUGUCUGUUGCUCUCCUGUAUUUUUUGUUGUAUAUAAGUAGACUGAUCUGUAGAACUGCUUUUUCAUAACACACCUCAGACUGACUCCAAACUCUUUAAGUAUUGAACCUCAAUCUUAAACCCUGCCUAAAGACUUGACCCUUUAUUACAUGAGCUUUCCCUCCGUCUUUUUCUCUCACGCUCCAUGCUUCUUUAUCUCAAUCUUAAACACUCACAACUACACUUACACUGUUGGCUCACUUGAAAACUAUGAGUGCGUAAAUUCUUGGAGUUUACAGAGAUAAACUUUUGCACCUUAUUGUCCAGCUGGGGUCAGGGUGGCUGUCGUUACCUCAUCAGUCACUCGAGCAGUAGGAUGUACACAAAUGACGAGGCAUCAAAUUGUCAAACCAAGAAUAAAUAACCCCUUACUAACCGUAGGGCAUGGAAUGAUGUGAUGCACUAUUUCACUGCUUUGCAGUUUGAAACACUGCAGUCGUCAUAGCAGUAACAAACAGUAAUAGUGCUUUUUUUACUGCGUGAAUUGCUGUUUGUCAGUACUUGAGAAGAAUAACACUGAAAGAGGUACCGAUAAAGAACGUGUACAAAUCCUCACUCGCUUCUUUUUAGACACCCCCCCCCCUCCUCUUUUGCCUUGACUGAGAAGUUGUCUUGAUUUUUUUCCUUUGUCUUAUGUACAGGUGUUGAUGUUGAACUGGUCUGUUUGCACCUGAUUUUACCUCUUUGACAUAAGUAGAUCAUUAAAAAAAAUCUGUCAAAUUCUUCUUUUUUUCUGUAUCCUUUUUUAAAAAGUAAAUCUAUAUAUGUGUUCAUAAGUUUACUUUGUUAGAAGCAAUGAUAAUUCCAGGAAGCUGUACUCAGUCGUAACAGUGGGUGACUGGCUGGGGACGUGUUGCACAUUCCUUGAGCUCAGGACUAAUGUUAUUUUUUGAAUGCUGUGAGAUGCAGAUGGUUGCGCUUGUCUUGCCAGUAGACCAGUUCUUGGUAUGAUAACCUUUACAAAGCUGGUUCAAAUUGUAUGUAAAGAAAAUUUAUUUUCAGCGUCAACCUGUCAUUCUUUCUCUAUUCAUUUGACCAUGAUGUUGUUCAGAGACUACUUUCCCGUGUUCUUUCCGGUCAUCUGUUUUAGCAUGUUUCUGUAUUAACACCUUUUUAAAUUGGUAUGUGAAAUAGCUGCUGUGGCAAAAGGAAAAUCUCCUGUAAAUGUCUGCAUGGGACUUAUCUUAUUACCUGAUUUUUACACCAAAUAUAACAUUAGCACCUGGAAAGGGUACCAAAAAUAACACAAAGACAAUGCCAUGGAACCACAUAGGUUGGAUAACAAAUGUGACUCCACUUCUGCCACAGAAGAGAAGAUGGCUGUGUGGCCUGUCUACCUGGACUGUAACAUCCCAUGAGUACUGUUGAACUCAGGCAUUAAGUUCCUUCAUACUGUUAUUAUUACAGGCUGCCAGAAACAAGAGGACCAAAGUAAGUCCUCCACACACUAGGUGUUCAAGCACACAACUGUUUCACACACCAAUCAACUGACAUGUCAACAUGUACUGUAUAUGUGAGAUGGCCUGUGAGUGUAGAUUGGAGUUCCCUGUACCUCAGGCGCUGACCUCGGGUCAUAUCCACAUCUUUCUCCAAAAUAGAUUUAGAAAGUGUGAAGUGAUCCUGUGUCUGUGCUUGUCACAAGGACUACUUAUUUUCCCAGAGUGUGACAGUAUGUAGCAUGUACAUAGAUGAUCCCUCAUUGUGUGUACAAAAAUGUACAGGUUUGAUACGGCCAAUCACUUACUGUUUUUUUCUUUUCUUUAUUGAAAGUCAUAGCAAUAUUUCUGUAAUCAAUAAAAAGCCAUGGAAACAGGA